AUGGAAGUCGAAAAAGAUGACGCCACUCCGGGUGGUCCCUUGAAUAUCUACAAUGAAUUAGCCAUUGAAGUUCCCGAAACAGCUCAUAAGAUCAGCAGUGACUCGUGGUUUCAAGCGGGCUUUGUUCUUACAACGGGUAUCAACAGUGCAUACGUGUUGGGAUAUUCGGGUGCGGUUAUGGUUCCGCUUGGUUGGGUAGGUGGUGUAGUGGGUUUAAUUUUAGCUACCUUCAUAUCACUCUAUGCUAACAUUCUAAUUGCAAAGCUCCAUGAGUUUGGUGGGAAAAGACAUAUCAGAUAUAGAGACCUUGCAGGCUUUGUGUAUGGCCCAAAAGCUUAUUCUCUUACUUGGGUGUUGCAGUAUGUCAAUCUUUUCAUGAUUAACGUCGGUUAUAUUAUGUUGUCUGGUCAGGCUCUAAAGGCGAUUUAUAUAACUUUCAGGGAUGACAAUGCCAUGAAGCUCCCAUACUUCAUUGCAAUUGCAGGGUUCACUUGUGGCCUUUUUGCAAUUUGUAUCCCUCAUCUGUCGGCUUUAAGAAUUUGGCUCGGCGUUUCGACAUUCUUAAGUCUAGUAUAUAUUGUUACAGCCAUUUCCCUGUCUCUACGCGAUGGAAUUAAAGCUCCACCUAGGGACUAUAGCAUUCCAGGAACACACACAAGCAAGAUCUUUACAACCAUUGGUGCUUCUGCAAGUCUUGUGUUUGCAUUCAACACAGGAAUGCUCCCAGAAAUACAGGCAACAGUGAGACCGCCAGUUGUUAGUAACAUGAUGAAGGCUCUUUACUUCCAGUUUUCCGUUGGGGUUUUGCCACUAUACGCCGUUGUCUUCAUAGGUUACUGGGCUUACGGGAACGGUGCAUCUUCUUAUUUGCUCAACAGUGUUAAUGGUCCGGUUUGGGUGAAAACGUUUGCCAACAUAUCCGCCUUUUUACAGUCAGUUAUCGCUUUGCACAUAUUUGCAAGCCCAAUGUACGAGUAUCUGGACACUGCAUAUGGAAUAAAAGGAAGUGCAUUGAGGUUUAGAAACUUGUCGUUCCGAAUCAUGGUUAGAGGGGGUUACAUUAUUAUCACCACUUUUGUAUCAGCGGCGUUGCCGUUUCUUGGAGACUUCAUGAGUUUAACGGGGGCAAUCAGCACAUUCCCGCUUACGUUUAUUCUUGCAAAUCAUAUGUACCUAGUGGCCAAGAAACAGAAGAUGAAUUCUUUACAAAAGUCAUGGCAUUGGCUCAAUGUUUCUUUCUUUGGUCUCAUGGCCGUUGCAGCUAGCGUUGCUGCCUUGCGGCUUAUUGUUGUUCACUCCAAUACUUAUCACAUUUUUGCUGAUAUGUAACUUGUGAUUUCUGUUGUACAGAUUUCUUAGCUUGUUUUAUGAU